AUGGGAGGGUGGGUAUGGGAAAACGCCAUCACCCUCAUCAAGCGUUCCAAAACCCUUACUCAUCUCCUCCAACUUCACUCGCUCUUCCUCAAAACCUCCCUGGACCACCACCCUUUUUUCAUCUCCCAACUCCUCUUAUCAGCCUCCGCCAUCUCCCUCCCCUUUGCCACCACAUUCUUCCACUCCCUCCCCACCCUUCCACCCCUCUUCGCCUGGAACACCCUCAUCAGAGCCUUCGCCUCCAUCCCCAACCCCCACUACUCAUUCUCCCUCUUCCGCCUCCUCCAAACCUCAACCCUUAACCCGGACUGCUUCACUUACCCUUUUCUCCUCAAAGCCUGCGCUCGCUCUUCCUGCCUCCCCCUCGGUCGGACCCUCCAUUCUCUCACCUUCAAGACCGGAUUCUGCUCCGAUCCCUAUGUGGGUAAUGCCCUUUUAAACAUGUAUGCUGAUUGCCAUUCUGUAAGGUCAGCGCGCAAGGUGUUUGAAGAAAUGACUGUUAAAGAUGUUGUGACCUGGAGCUCCAUGAUUGCCGCUUACGUGGCCUCCAACUCCCCUUUGGAUGCUUUUCGUGUCUUUCAUCAGAUGGGGCAAACGAAUGAAAAGCCAAACUCUGNUGAUGAUGAAGUGAAGUUUAGAUGUCCUUGUGUGAACUGUUUAAAUGGGAGAAAGUUAAACGCAAACCAAAUUAGGGGACAUCUUAUCUGUGAUGGUUUCCUGUGA